CUGACGAAAAUACAUCUGAACAGGAUCAAAUUGAAUGUACUGAAAAUAUAACUCCUUCAAGUCAGCCUGAAUGUGAAGCCGCAGAAGACAGAUCACAGAGUGCAUUGUCAAAGAUAUCAAAAUAUUCAACAAAGUCAAACAUCGUACAAACUCCUGGCAUUUCUGUUACUGAAGUAAAUGUUUCUGAGGAAAAUUCAGGCAGAGCACGGAGCACCAGGUCAGGAAAAUCAAUAAAAUCAAAUAAAUCCAAAUUAUCUGAUGCAAGUGAUAAUACAAAUAAGAGACUUAUUGAUUCUGUAAUCAAGGCCAAUAUACCUGCAUUUACAGUUGAAGGAGACAUUGACAGAGCUCCAUCAGCCAUGUCAGGGAAGUCAAAGGUUUCAGCACGUUCCAAAAAGUCAACAAAAUCUGAAAACAUAGGAAUAAAAAGUAAAAGGCGGGACUCCUUGUCUGUAAACUCGUUUUUGUCUCUUCAAUCUCUGAAAUGUAAACCAUUUGAUAAGAUCAUAGUGGACUCUUCAUCAACUUUACAAGAAGAAGACACAAACAAAGACAAGCAUGUGAGAAGUCACGACUCUGAGACAGGUGAACCAAACAAGGAAGAGGUGAAAACCCCGUCAGCAGACGUUGCUGCCGCUGAUCACCAAUCAAAAGGAAAAAACCCUGUGAUUAGUCACACGGAGUCAGUGGAGAGUGAUUUGUCACAGACUCUGUCCAGUUCUGACAACGUCAACAAUAUGAAUGAGUGUCCGAUGAGCACGGAUGAGUCCAAGAAGAUAAUAAAUGUUGAAGAAACAAGCAACCAGGGCAACGAGAAUAAUGAAGACGUUGAUGACUGUGAACUUGUUCCAUCUCAUUUGCCCAAUGCGUCUCCAGCUGAGGUUGUGAAUGAGUGGUUGAAGACAGUAACUACUGAAGGAGAUACAUACGACAUGGAAGAACCACAGCAGGACGUCAAAACAGAGGGAAGUGAUGGAAAUGAUGACAAUGAAAACAAUCUGAAUUCAUCAGAUGACCUUGAUAAAGGUGGAAAUGACAGAGAUGUGGUGGACAGUGUCCCUAACAAUGAGCCACAUAAUAUGGACAGCACCUGUGUUCUGACGGACGAUGUCUCUAAAGUAUUCCACUCCUCUGUACAAGUUAUGAAAGUACUGUUAAACCCCAAGCUUGACCGAUGUCACAGUCUGCCAGAAAUCUCUCCAGUUUAUGGCAGGAAAUUGAGCACCUCCGCCAAAGGACUUUUGGACUGCCUUGUCAAAUUGCAGUUAAUAUCUUACGAUCCCACAAAUGCUAAUGAAAAGAAUGAACGGUACCAGGAACUGAUGGAAAUCCUCAAGUCUCUCUGGCUUUGUGAUGCACCUCAAAUUGGACAUGUGUUUAAAAAGAAUGGUGAUGGCGGCUUUGUGGACGAUGAGUUCAAUCACACCUCAUCGUCUGGUGUUGAUGUCACCAGUGGCUCCACUGGCUCUAACAAGAGCAGUGGUUGGGAUCCAUGUUCCACAGCUGACAGAGUACGUAAAAUUAACUCUCCAGGAAAAGAUGAAAAAUUUGAUGAGGAAGAAAUAAUUAAAUGUGAUUCAACCUCAGAUGAAACAAUCAGAAAUAAUGACAGUCCUGGAGAACAAACAGCACACGCCUCAGGUAAAAGCUCAGGAAAAGACAAUGAUGGAGAAAAGGUUCCAUGUGACAUGAGCUCCUGCGCUUCUCCAGGAACUCAGUUUGCUGAAAUCAUUUCUCAAUGUCCUGAUUCUAUUUGGGUUUUAACCCUUUUAACCAAAAUAGAGAAUCAGUUCAUGAAGCAUUAUAACAACGCGAUGCUGGAAUUCAAGGUCAGACGGAACAUGGAUGAUAACGAACAGCUGGAAACGAUGAUAAGAGAACUUCAAAUAAAGGUCCAAAAUAAAAUCCAAACCAGUAUAGACAGGGAGCUGAGAAGAAUUCAGAGUCACGUCGGAUUUCCAAGACCUCCAAGAGAAGCACUGUCACGCGCUUCAACCACACAAUCAGAAAGAAGGAGACAGAAAGUGAAAAUGCUGCCCCAACAAUCGGGUGAUUCACGGGCAGAAAAAAACGAAGACUCUGCAACAGGCUCAUGUUGCAGUGACGAGCGCAGUGAAAGUGAGGAGCACUGCCAAUGUGAAACAUGCACUAACACAAAAACAAACACCAAACCAUUCCUUCUAGAAGAUUCUACAGGCAUGGAAUCAGAGAGUGUUCCUGGGGUAAAGAAUGAUGUUGGUGCACAGGGUUACAGUGAAUAUAUUUGUAUGACCAGUUCAAUUGACUCUUUUGUAGAUAAAGUGAUCGAUGAGGCUGUAAGAAAAGUGAAAGGAAAGGAAGAACACAAUGAUAGUGAAGUUGGCCUUGUCUCCACAGCAGACUUGUGUCACCAUCACCAUGAGGAAAAUCUGAUUGAAAACAAUGAAGCCGAAGUGUUGCAUGAUGUUAAGGAGCCGACAGAGAUAGUUGAAGCAUUUACUGAAGACACUGAAGAUGCCAAUCAGUGUGAAACCGCUGGUGAGACUGAAGUUGGAGCUUCCACUGUCAAUGAUGGGGAUGACACAGAAGAGAGUGGAGCAGCUACAUCAACUGUUCCACAGUUGGAGGAGGCUGUAGAACCUGAAGAAACACAAGAAUUAGAAACAGAGAAUGGUGAAACUGAUAUUUCUACAACUGCAGCAGAUGAUUCAGGUAAACCAAAAAAUGUCAACGUACCAGAUGAUGAGGACUAUCAGGAAGAGGCUCCUGAAGUCACUAAAGUUGAAAAUGACGAUGAAAUAAAUGUUGCUUUAUUGACCAGCAACAAAGAGGAAUGUGUGGAAGAUCAGGUUGUUGACGAACAAGAUAAACCCUCCGACGCUCAGGCAAAGGUAACAACAGAUGAAGAUAAUGAGACUUCUGAAAAAUCAUCAAAAGAACCACACAAACAGGUGUCAUUAAUUGAUGAAAUGUUAGAAGAAGACGUCGAUGUUCCAGGUGAAAACCAAGUCCAUGAAGAGGUAAAUGGAGAUGAAGCCACAGAAACAACAGUUGCAGCUUUAACUGAACAGGCACUUAAUGAGGAAGAGGAGAUUGCUGCCAACAGUGAGGGUGGUGAACUUGAAGAAGAAGUCAUUAAAUCAGCAUGCAAAGGUGAAGAUGCAGCAUCUAUGGGUGAACAAGAAUCUGACAAAUGUGCAGAAGAGUGUGAAUUGAAUGUGGAUGAAAAAAGUGAAUUUGAGGAAACAGCAGAGGAAAGUGCAGGAACAGAACCACAUCAUGACAGUGCUGAAAAAAAAGAGAUGAGUCGAGAGGAGGCUGUAGCAUCAAAUGUAGUUGAGGCAUCUAUCAUUAGUGAUUUUGCAGCCGAUGACAACCCUACAGCAAAAAGUGAAGUUGACAUAAACAAUGAUGAAUGUGAAAGAGAGGAGGUUGAGUCAGCAGAAGUUGACGUUUCCCCCACAAAUGAAGAUGAAUCCACAGAGGUGAAUGAAACGAAAGGUGAUGAACAGUCGGAGAAACCAAAGGCCGAUGAGUGCGUGGACUCAGGUGAGGAUGAGCUGGAAGAAGAGGCUGCAGAAGUCACUUCAGCUGAAGAUGAAAAUGCUCGAGGCAGUGAGGUGGCAGUCACGAGCAGACCUGAGUCUGAAGAACACGAGGAAGAGGACGAAAUGCUUUCCUCUAACAAAUCUACAGAGAACAAUGAAGACGCUUCUGUGGCUGAGUCAUUGAAAGAACCAAAUGGUGAAGUUGAAACAGAAGAUGAGUUUGAUUUAAAUGUGGAUAAUUCAAAAAUCAACAGUAGUCUGGCUUCAAAGGCUGAAAUUGAAUGUGAUGAAGGAGAAUCCAGGAUUGAGAAUGCUGCAACAAAGGGGAGUUUUGGUGAAGAAAUAGUUAAUGAUGAAGUUGAAGAUACACAAGAAAUAACAGAUGAGGGUGAUGGUGACAAAGAAAAUGAAGAUGAAGAGUGUGUGGAAGUCAAAAAUGUUGAAGAGCCAGAGGAGUCAGUGUCUGGAGGGGAAUGUGAUGAGGAUGAAACUACAGAAGCAGAGAAGAGUGAAAUAGUGAUUGUCAACACAAAUGAUAAAGAUGACAUGGCAGCUGAAGACGCAGAGGAAGAGUCAUCUGAGCAUGAACCUGAACAAGAUGCAGCAGAGGAAGAGGAGAUUCCAGCUGUCUGUGGAGACGAUCAGCAGUCAGAUGAUGAGGCAACUUUGAACGACAUUGUUGAAGAUGCAAUAGAACAUGAAUCCGAGCACCAACCUGAAGAAGAGGAGUCUGUUUCAGAUGAAGAUGGUGUGCAUGAAGAAAAGGAGACUGUGAGUGAAAAUGACCUUCAGGAGGCUGCAGAAACUGUCGCAGCUGAUGAUGAAGACACUGAAGAGAACUGUGUGGCAGACACAAGUGAACAGACGUCUGAAGGAGGUAAAAAUGUAAAAGAGGAAAAACAGAGUGAUGAAGAACAUCCUGCUUCUAACCGUGACGAUGACUGUGCAGAUGAAGAAGCAGAAACUGUCAAAGAGAUUCCUGGAGAAGAAGGAAUUUCAGGUGAAGAGGAUGCAGAUCUUCCAGAAAAAGACAGUUGUGUGGCCUCUACUGCUGAUGAAGGAGAGUCAGAAUUGGUGAAUGAUGAAGUUGAGAUCAGUGCCAAGUCUGACCAGGAUCAAACUGCUGCUGAGGAUGAAGAAAUAAUAGAAGUCAACAAUGACGAGGAGGAAAAUGUUACUAAAGAAGGUGAAGCUGAUGAGGAUGAUGUAGUAGAAGCAGAGAUCAGUGAUGAUGGAAAUGGAACUGGUGGCACAAAUGAGGCAGAAAAUGAUGAGAGUGCAAAAGAAGAGGCUGGUGCUGCAGAAACAUCUGAAUCAGACAACAACUUAGCUGAGGGAGAAGAAAAUCCAGCAGAGCAAACUCCUGAAAAUGAUGUUGAAUGUGACAUCUCUGAAGACAAUACUGAGGAAGGAGCUGAAGAGGAAAAUGAAGGAACCAGUGACCAUAAAUCUGACACUGAUGGGUUGAUGACGGCAGAAGUAGUCGGUGAUGAUGAAGCAGCACCUGACACAAAUGAUGAAGAUGAAACUACAGAAGACAUGGAAGAAAGAAAAGAUGAAAGUGAUGAUGCUGAGACAUUGGCAGAAGAAUCUGACAUUAACGCAGCAGUAGAAGAGGAGGGUCCAGCUGCUGAUGAAGACGAGCAUCACUCAGAUGAUGAUAUAACUGCUGAAAAAGAAGUUGAUAUUUUUGAAAAAUCUGCUAAAUCAGCCGCAUAUGAAGAAGAAAGGGCAGCAAGUGUGAAGGAAGAAGAAAUUCCAGCAGAAGAAACUCCUAAAAAAGAUGUGGAAGGUGACAUCUCUGAAGACAAUAAUGAGGAAGGAGCUGAAGAGGAAAAUGCAUUGGAUCAUGAGGGAAACAGUGACCAUGAAUCUGACACUCAUGGGUUGAUUGAAGAUGAAAGGGGUGAGGGAAAUGAGGAGGCUGCUGACAAAAAUGAUGAAGAGGAGACUCCAGCAGAUAUGGUAACAACCAAAGAAAGUGCCAGUGAAGAGGAUGUUCAUGCAGAGGGAGAAGCUGAUGUUGCUGAGACAUCGGCACAGGAAUCUGAUGGUAAUCCUGACCUGGAAGAAGAGGCCCCAGCUGCUGAUGAAGAUAAACAUCAGUCAGAUGAUGAGGAAGCUCUUGAAAAAGACCCUGAAGAAGACCAGGAGGAAGCCACUGAAUCUAGUGAAGAUAAAGAGGAGAAAGCAGCAGAUGUGGAGGAAAGUGAUGAUGAAUCUGACACUGGUGGAGAGAUGGAAGGAGUUAUAGAUGAAAAUGAAGAAGAGGGCGUUGACACGAAUAAUGAAAAUGAAACUACAGAAGCAGAAAAUGCCUGUGAAGACGAUGUAAGCGCCAGAGAAGAAGAGAAUAAUUCUGAAACACCAGCACAAGAAUCUGACAUGCAAGAUGAUGAGGUGGAGGAGGCUGCUGAUACUCAUGAUGAAGAUGCAGAAGAUUUGGUAGAAACAAAAGACGGAAGUGCAAGUGAGGAAGACAGAAGCCCCGCUGAGAAAGCUGAUGUUGCUGAGACAGAAUCUGGCAGUGAUGCAGCAGUGAAAGAGAAUGUUUGCGACACUGAUGAAGGUGAACAUCAGUCAGAUGACGAGGAAGCCCUCGAAGAGGAAUCAAGAGAAAAUAUUUCUGAAGACAUAAAGGAAGAAACUGCUGAACUCACAGGAGAUGAAGGAGAAACUGUAGUAGAUGUGGAGGACACAAGUGACCAUGAACAGGAGUUACAGAAAACUGAAGCUGUGGGAGAAGGUCCUGCUGACAGUGAAGACGAUAGUCCAGAUGAAAAACUGGAGGAAGAGUGUGAAAGAGCAACAGAAGCAGAAAAUGGUGGAGAUGGAGAAGAGAUGGCUGACAUCAAUGAUGAUGAUAAACCUGCAGAUGAUGAUGAAGGAUCUGAAGGUGAAGGAGAUGCAGAUGAAGACAAUAGUUUAGCAGUAGCAGAAGAAGAGGCCAGAGCUGCAGAGGACUCUGAACAUGAAUCUGACAACAUUGUAGAAGAGGAAACUCCAGCUGCCAGUGAAGACAAUCAUGAGUCACAGGACGAGAGUGAGAGAGAGGAAGACGCUGACGAUGAUGAGAGAAAAGAACAAGAAUCUGACAUCAAUACUGCAGUGGAAGAGGAGAUUCCAGUUAAUGAUGAAGAUCAUCUGUCACAGGACGAGGAGGCUCCCGAACAAGACAGAGAGGAGGAAGAAGUUGCCAAACCCAGUGCAGCUGAAGAGGAAAAGGCAGCAGAUGUGGAGGAAACAAGUGAUCCUGAAUCUGACAAACAUGAACAGAAGAAGACUGAGGAUGUGGAAGAAACUGCUGCUAACUGUGAAGAUGACUCUACAGAAGAUGAUGAAAAUCCACCAGAAAUUACAACUUCACUUGAAAAAGUACCAAGAGAGGAAGAAGAGGUUGAAGAUCAACAUGACACUGAAGAAGUUGACCCUGAAUCCAGAGUGAAGGAAAGAUUAGAAGUAACAGAUGAUAAUGAAAAAGGAGAAGAAAAGGACAGUCAAAGAGAGGAGGAAACUUUGGAGGUUACACCAGAUGAUGAGGCUGCAGAUAAAAGUGAAGCAGAAAAUGAGAAUCCAGACGAAGAUGAGAAGACUUUGGUUGAAAAAGAGACUUUAAAUGAUGCAGAACACGUUGAUGAGGCAACUGCUGGACCACUCCAAGAAACAGAGCAAUCUGAAAAUGACAGUGAAAACUCAUGCGAUGAUGAAGAUUUAGUUAAAGAAACAGAAAACCCAACUGCAAAUGGACUCUCUGGAGAAGAAACUCCAGAACCUACAACUGAGAUACGUGAGGAUUGCACAGAGGCAUUAAAGUCAGGCAGUGAGACUGAAGAAGCAGAAAUAGCCAAAGAGUCAGACGAAGCUGUAGAGUCUGGGAACGGGCCUUCUGAUGUUGAUGGUGAAGAAGAAUAUGUAGGAGAAGCAAUAGAAGAAGAAGGUGGAACAGAACAUGUAGGGACCAAAAAUGAUCAGCAUCCUACUGGAGGAGAUGAACUGAAUUCUGACCAGGAGUCUGAGAAUCAUUCUGACAAAGUUGAACAAACAUUUGAUGAAGGUGAUGCAACCCCAGAUGGAAAGGAAAGUGACGGUUGUGAUGAUGUGGUUAAGCUAAGGCCAGGUGUAAAUGUGGAAGAACUUUCAGAUAACUUAUCACUGAAAGCUGGUGAUGAAGACAAUGUCACACAGUCUGUAACAAAUCUACCAGUCAGUAAUUCUAAUAAUAAUAAUAAUAAUAAUAACAUAUUCAAUGAGGAUUCAGGCGACGGUGAAGAUGAGGCAGAGGAAGAGUCAGACGACUCAGGAGAUGAUAGCGAUGAAGAGCAGCUUUGUGCUCCAAAAGACAGAGAUUCAGUUCAAAGAACAGGUGAGAAAACAAGACUGAUCCCAGCGGAGACUUUACAGAAGUUGAAGGCGGAGUCAGAGGACGGAGCCUACGCUGACGGGGAAGAUUCUGAGACUGAAACAAACCAAACUCAGGUUAUAAGCCUCCGACCCAAGAACCCAAAGAGUUAACCUCAUACUGUGGUCACUGAGGAGCGAUGAGAAGGCCACAGUUUAUUACGCAGUCAAAUGAACACAGAGAAAGUUGAGUAUAAACACUGUAUGUUUAAUCCUAUGUGCAGUAGAGAUAUGGACUGGACUGCAGCCCAUAGUUGAUUUAAUUUAUUUUAUUUCAUUAAUUCACAAUAUACUUAAUGAAUAAACGGCAGUAUAACUGUAUAUAUGAGCUGCUAAAACAUUUAAUGUAACUCUGAAGUACUGUAACCUCAGAUGUUUUAUUAAUACAUUUUAAUGUUAUUAUAUUUUCUGAAGGGCCAUAUACCGUAAUGUUAAACUGUUUUGAAUGUUAAAUUUACUUCAGUGUUUGACUGGAGUGUGUUGGUGUAGUGAGUCCGUUGCACGCAUUUAUUUCACUCCACCGCAGCUAAACAUCCAGGCCUCAGUGGAGUCGUAACGACAGAGACCGUAGGUGUCGACGAAAGUACUGUACACAUUACCUCUGAAAUGAAAUAUUUCUAAUUCACAUGCUGCUAUUUCAAUAAAUCACAAAUCACUUAAAUCUAAAAUGUGGGACUGAUUUAUGUUUUGUUUGGGUUUUUUUUACUAUAAAUCAGUGUUGAAUGUUGAUAUGAAAUUGUGAUCUAUGAAAUGUUCAGAAUCACUUCAGAUC